GGCGCUUCCUGCGGGAGGAGGAAGCGGCUGCCGGGCCAUGGAGCUGCCUCCCAGCCACUUCCCGGCCGCCCGAGCCGCGGCCGCGGCCGUGGGGUACCUGCGGUACCUGCGGGGAGGGCCCGGGCGGGGGCUGCAGCUGCGGGAGCUGCGCCGCGCCCGGCGCCAGGACAUUGAUGAUGUGGGGCACAAGUACUACCUGGAGCUGGAGCUGGAGGAUGUCCUGGACAAAGACAGGACUGUCAACUGCACUGCUGAGGUUCUGUAUCACCUGGGCAGCAAAACCUCUGCUCCAGAUGUGCAGGUCACAGUGCAAGGAGAGCUCAGGAGCACAGAGGAAGCAGACCAGGAGUUCUACAAUCGGAUCAGGAGCCUGGAAAAGGAGCUUGUGGCUGAGAACAUCCCAGACAGCCAUGGGAACGUUCCCCCAGAGCUGGAGCCCAUCCACCGCCUGGCCUGGGUGGCCUCUGGCUACGUGAUCUGGCAGAAUUCCACUGAAAACACCAAGUUCCACCUUGCCCAAGUUAAACACGUGAAGCAAGUGAAAAGAAGUGAUGAAGAUCUUCAGUUUGACUUUGUGGUUCUACUCCAUGAAAUGGUGUCCCAGGAGGUGCUGCCCUGGGAGGUGACCCUGCUGUGGCACCCCCAGCGCGGGGCCCGAGUGGCCCAGAGCCGCGCCGCGGGAGCAGGGAGCUCCUGAGCACCCCUGGGACACAUGAGCACCUCUGGGAGCUCCUGAGCACCCCUGG